AUGUCUGGGGGCUUGGUUUCAGCAGGCAAGGAUGGGUCAAACACCCACAGUGGGUCGGGAGGCUUAGGUAACGGAGGCUCUGGCAGUUCAUUCAACCCCAGUGGGUCAAGAGGCUUGGGAACAGGAGGCACCGGCAGUUCUUCAAACCCCAGUGGGUCAGGAGGCUUGGAAACAGGAGGUACUGGCAGUUCUUCAAACCCCAGUGGAUCGGGAGGCUUAGGCUUAGCCUUAAAAAGCACUGGCAGUUCUUUCAACCCUAGUGGGUCAGGAGGCUUGGGCACAGGAGACACUGGCAGUUCUUUCAACCCUAGUGGGUCAGGAGGCUUGGGCACAGGAGGCACUGGCAGUUCUUCAAACCCCAGUGUGUCUAGAGGCCUGGGUACAGGAGGCACUGGUAGUUCUUUAAACCCCAGUGGGUCAGGAUGCUCUGGGAGGUCACAUGGCUCUGGGAAAUCACAUGGCACUGGCGGCUCUGAGUAG